UGAAUGAAACAGCAGUAGAAAAGGUAGCUAGAAAAUGCAAUACAGUGCCUUCAGCUCUUUCUGCUGUACUUCAAGAUGAUGAAAUUGCUACCACUGUUCUUUAUGCUGCGAAAAAAAUUAUGAGAGUCGAUGAUCCAGCGAUUGUCAUCCAAUGGAACGAUAUGGGAUUUAAUGAUGUCGCUACUAUGCCUGGAUGUCGAAAUGGUGUUCCAGGCCAAACGAAAACAGCUGUCAUUGCAUUUAUUACAACAAAUGGAGGAGCAAAUGUCAAUAAUCUCAACUCGGCAUUUGUAUUUAAUGACUCGCCAUCAGCCUGGAAUUCCGGCAAAGGCAAAAGCAAUAGCUAUUGCGAGGAUAAUGAAAUCAAUAGUAGUAGCGUUGCUAGUAGUGGAAGUGGAAGCGAUACCUGCAAGUCUAUUAGUCAUGCACUGAAGAAAAACAAGUGUGUAGUGGUGAUUGAAAGAAAUGACGAGGUGAUAAGAGAAGCAAAAAGACAAAGAACAAAGAAUAUUAUGAUGGGAAAUAAUAAUUUAAUCUAUAACUCCAAUAAUGCUAACGAUGAUAAAAAUAAUCAUUCUAUCAAAGAAUAUGGAUUUUCUUCGAAAAAUUUUGCUGAUAAAAACCUAUCAUCAUCAAUAAACAAUUCAUCAUUGAUAACAUCAUCUAUUACCACAAAAACAAAAUCACCAAAUAUUGAGGAGGGACAAUUUGAUAUUUUGUCAUUGGUGCCAACAAACGUUAUUCCAUGUAUUAAUCUUAAUGAUUUAGCAUUUAAAAAUGGAGUUAUGGAUGAAAGGCGUAAAUGUAUUAAAAGAUCAAAGAUUUUUCCAUUAUCAAGAUGA